AUGUUCAACAAGAGAGAAUAUCCUUUCUUGUGUUCACCAAGGAAAGUUGUAUUGAACUGUUCAUCCAUCAAAUACGACAUACAACCAAUUGUCUAUUUUUAUGUUAAAAAUUUUAGGAAAUCAUUGUCUCCUACACGUCAGUUGCAAGAUGAGGUGUUUUUCACUCAAGAAAACUACAAGAAAUACUCUUGUCGCCCAUCGUUCGUGGAGUAUCUAGAGAAGCAUCUAAAAUCAGGAAAAGAUCAAGAAAAAAAAGUUGAAUAUAAUCACGAUGACACGAAAGCAGAUGUCUCCAUCUCAAGGAUCCAGGAAGAUUCUGCAAUCACUGAGAAAGGAACCAGAAACAAAGGUGCUCAGAAAGGUGGAGCUAAGAGUGCCCCGGCUUUUUUGGGUCCAUCAGUGGAAUUCCCUGUUUUGUCAAAAGUCAGCCUUGAAAGUCAGAAGAUGUUUGUGGAGAUGUUGGAGAUGUUAAGAUCUGGUCAGCUGGCUAAAGUUGAUUUGCAAGAAAUGAAAGCAGUCCAGGAUAUUAAGAAUACAGUGUUGCUAGAACAAGAGGAAUAUCAAAAGUUUGUACAUAGCCAUGCGAAAGCUAAUCAUCACUUGUACAACUUUGUCCACCCUGAUGUGUGGGAUGACUUUAAGGUAGAUAUUGAUGGAAGAUUGACAGAAAGGGUCUACAAGUGCCAGCGUUACUAUUCCUUGCAUGAAACCAUUGGUUUAUCUGUUGGAGCUGUUUUCAAAUCAGAUGCAGUUCUCACUUUUGAGCAAACACUACUGCAAGUGGGGAAUAUUCCAAAGCUUUCCUUGCCUGAAGACACAAACAUGAUGCUAUUGGAGGUGGGGCUAACUGUUCCAGAAGAGAAGUCAGUGCAAGAAAAGGCCAAGUCCUUCAAGGUUGUGAGUGAGGACCCAAUUGCUGUCAGUCUGGCCAAGAAGCACAAAGUUGACAUUGUGAUCUCAUCAAGUGGACUGGACACUCUCUUGAAUAAUCAGCCUCCUGAUUAUGGCAGGCAGUGGCAGCUGCCUGUCUCUGUUCAACGAGUAGAAGGCGGCCAGGAAAAAAUUUGUACUCACAGAGUGGUGUUUGUCGACAAGCCUUUUCCUCCACAGAAGGUCACACCUCGUGAUGUUAACGUGAAGUUUUACAAGCGUGCCUUGCGCAGGUUAGUGUGUCAUAAAAACAGCGAAGAAAAUAAAACAGGUGAUUGCGACAGAGAAAGAACUAUAAGCUCCAGUGUAAGUGGCACUGAAAUGACGGAGGUGGAAAGAGCGGAGGAAAAUGUUGGAAUUAAAGAGUGUCCUUCCAGCGUGGCAACAACUUCCGAAAGACGAAAGCGUCGAGUUACUGAUGAAGAGAAGCAGUGCUCUGAGGCGAAGAAAUCAAAACUGUCUGAUGGUGCCUCGAAAUCCAAAGUUCAGAAUCUCGACGUAAAUGAAACGUGCAAGAACAACGAUGAAAAAUUCUUCGUUUAUAAUCUGUGGAGAUUCGGAAAGUUAAAAGUCUUGAUACGUUGCAGUGUGGAUGCCUACAGAGAAGAACAAAAUAAACCAAAGUGUUACACUUUUUACAGUGUACUUCCAAAGCUCGAAUACCAACCUAACUUCGGUCACGAAAAAUUGUCGCACAGUGAGGCUGGGCGGUUUUGGCUAAAUAGCUACAUUCGCCAGAACACCAGAAUCAUUUGCGGCAGAAUUAAUGUUUACAAUUCAAAACUGCUGCGAGUUGACGAACUUUCCAUCAACGAUAUUCUUCAACAAGGGACGGGUUUUAAUCCGGCGCAGGGAAUGAAAACGGUGUUUCAGGUUUUCCAAGCGUUGAAGAGAUUGCCUGAGGCCAACUACAUUUUGUCUCACAAAGCAGGAGAGAUCCACGCUUGUCUGUACAAAAGCGUUCAUUCGCAAUCAAGGUCUGUAAAAUCUUCGUAUGAUCUUCACAAAACGCGGGCGCCUGUUAGUAUAACGAAUUACACCGAGGGAGAUAUUACCUACGUUGCUAUAGAUUGUAACUUGUUUAUGCCGUGGCAGAUCAGUCAAAAGAGAAUCCCGUGCACUUUUCCUCCUGUCUCGGACAGAGAAUUAGCCAUGAUGGCAAAAGCCGAGGCGCAACAGAUUGCAGCAAAUACUUCAAAGAAAAGCAAAAAGAAAAGCAAAAAGGGAAAGAAGAGCAAAAAAGGAAAAAACCAGGGGCUUGCAACAAAAAAAUCUAACUCGGGAGCCGGGGCUGAACAGUCAUGGAAAGCUGACAACAAACGCAAACCAGUUACCAAAAGGAAAGCGAAGAUCUUUGCAAGUUUUUACGACACCCAGCCGGCAGAGAAAGAGAGUGAAAUCUUUGCAGUGUCCAGGCGAGCUUCAGGCGCAAUCUCCUAUGAUGAUCUUGAUUUCUAAAGAGAUUUCUAAAGAAAACAAAACAAAAGUUAAGAGAAAAGAUGAAGGAAGAACAAUGAAAGGAGAAAAAAAUGGAGUUAACGAAAAAUCCAUAGCAAAAGUCUUUGGACGCUUCAUUUUUUCCUGCCCAUAUGCAUAAUUAUUCGCUUCCCCCUUACACCCACCCUUGUUACGAUGUUUUGUUUUCUUUGUCUAGCUUUACGUUUGGAAUGUAAUGACAAGAAAAAGCAAUGGACUUCGUAAAGGAGCG